UUGCUUUUUUUAUGGAAACCUCUGCUCUGUUCCUUGCAUUCAUGCGCUUCCUAAUGGUUAGAGUAAGGAAAUCCUAUAAAGUUUAAAUCUUUUUUUUUUUCACUUCAUUGCUGUUUCCCCGUUGAAUUCCCUUCUAAUAAUUUCAAAACUUUAAAAACCCAUAUCACAAAACUUUUAAAACCCAUAUCACAAAACUCUAUCUUUCACUAAUGGAAGAUAAAAUUUCAAAAGAUACCAUCGGUGGAGAUCAUAUUUUCCCAGUACAAGGGAAUCCAUUUUUGGAAGAUAAACAUGAUGGUGGAAAAAACCAAAUGUUAGAAGCAGUGCAGUUAGAUAUAGAGAUGGAGAAAAGAAAAAUUAGAGAAAGGAUUCUUAGACAAAGAGAUUUGGAGGCAGAAGUAAGAAUGGAGUUAAUGAUGGAAAAGCAAAUGAUGGGUAUGAGAAGUUUUUAUGGGAAUUCUUCUGGUGAUCCUUUUAUGUUAAUGGAUUCUAGGUUUCACGGUUUUCAAGGUAGGUUUUUAUCAGAUAAAAACAUGUUAAAAGUAGGGCUUUUUGAUGAUGAUUAUGUUGAGAAACUGAAGAUGAUGAAUCAAUCUUUAGGUAAUUUAGAGCAAACGAAUCAAGACCCACCAAAAAAUAUCGUGUUUAGAGAUGAGAGGGAGGAGAAAGUUCAUGAAGUAUCAAUGGGGAAGUGGCCUUUCCAACGAGAUCCAAGAUUUGUUGCUGCUCAAAUUGCUAGUAAAGAAGCAGUAUCCUGUAAGGCUAUACCUAGCUUAGACGUUUUCGAAAGGAAAAGGAAAGCUGAAACGUCAAAAAUGAAUGAGGAAGAAACGGUUUCAAUUUCAAGAAAGGAAUUGCUGAAGAAGUGGUAUUGCUCCGUGUGUGAAGUUUCUGCUACAUCAGGAAGCAGUUUUGAUCUUCAUCUUAAUGGAAAAAAGCACAAAACCAAGUUAGCUCUGUCUAAAUCUUGUGACACUGCGAGCUGUGUCAUUAUGGAUAGUGACUCCACUGAGAGUUGGGUGCAGCCUGUGAAGGAAGAAAAAAACCGAGUGCAACCCAUGGAGGAAGAGAAAAGCCUAGUGCAGCCUAUGGUAGAAGAAAAGAGUAAAGUACAGCCUGUGGAGCGGGCAAAUAGCAAGAUUUCGAAGAAAUGGGAGUGCCCUUUGUGUCAAAUAUCUGCUACUUCAGAGACACUUCUAAGAAGUCAUCUCGAAGGAAAGAAGCACAGAGCAAAAGUUGCUAAGAUCGGGGUAUCUCAAAUAACUAGUGACACUAAGGAAGACCGUGAGGAUGUAAAAAAAUGGUCUUGCUCUUUAUGUCAAGUAUCAGCUUUGUCAGAGAAAAGUUUGAACUUUCAUUUGCAAGGAAAAAAACACAAGGCUAAGGCGAGGUUGCUUCCUCAAGUUGCUGAUGAUAUGGACUGUAAUUCAGCAAAAGAAAUCUCAGAAAGCGUGAAGGCCAUGCAGGAAAAGAGUUUGGAAGGUGACAAAGGUUUCAACAACGAGCAAGAAGUCAACAAGUUGAACUUAGUGAAGGAUGGAAUCGAGAAAGAAAGCAUCUAUACUGAGAGCAUUGAAAUUGAAGAGUUGGAGAACAAUGAUCGAGAGACAGGAAGGGAAUCUAUGAAGUUUUGGCAUUGCAAGACAUGCAAUGAAGGAACUUAUAAUGAAGAAGCAAUGGAUAUACACAGGAAGAGUACUAAGCACAUGAAUUUGCUUCGAGAUAUUGGUGGGGGUCUCAUUGUUGUGGCAAAUGUCCGGAAGAAAGCAGUUGAAAGUGAAAAGGGGUCUCAAGAUGCAGCACUUGAUGAGGUUACAAAUGAAAAUGGCGUAAAUUUGGAUGAAAAGGGCUCUGAAGAUGCAACGUUUACUGAGAUUACAAAUGAAAAUGGCAUCAAAUCGGGUCUCAUUUUUGUGUCAAACCAUUGAAGCACGAAACGUAAAACAUUAUUCGGUACUGCGUUACACUCCGAGUCGAAAACUUUAUUUAAAACACUAAAUUAACGUUUUUUGUUUGUCUUUAAAUAAAAGAAUUUUUUUUUGUUUUGCUGUAAUGGUUAUAUUAUGUUUUAACCAUUACCCGGAUACCCACAUUGAAAAAAUCCAGAUAAGUGAU